GCUUCCGGUGAGGAAACAUGGCCGCGGCCGUUCGGGACUCACGUGUGGGUGCAGGGAAAAAGCUGAAAAAUUCACUGAAGAAGAAGAAGAAGAUGAAAAUGGUAGCCAGAGCAGUAUCUUCGGAGUUGGAAGAUGAGGGCAAAGACGCUGCCAACAGUGGAGGUUCUGUAAGAAGCUGUGGAUCAGAAAAGGAUGACUUUUCUUCAGAUGAUGAAGCAGUGGAAGCUGACAAUGAAGAUGAAGUUGAACCGUGUGGCAAUGGAAAUGAACAUGCAGCUGAAGCUAGUGUUGGAACUAACGUGGGCUGGGCGGAUGCCAUGGCUAAAAUUCUUAACAAAAAAACUCCUAAGAGUAAACCCACUAUUCUGGUCAAAAACAGAGAGCUGGAAAAGGAAAAAGAAAAGUUAAAGCAAGAGAGACUAGAGAAGAGAAAACAGCUUGAUAAGAAGCGGGAAUGGGAAAUGAUGUGCAGAGUAAAGCCAGAUGUUGUCAAAGACAAAGAAACAGAGAGAAAUCUUCAGAGAAUUGCAACAAGAGGUGUGGUACAGUUAUUUAAUGCUGUUCAGAAGCACCAAAAGAACGUUGAUGAAAAGGUUAAAGAAGCUGGAAGCUCUAUCAGAAAACGUGCUAAGUUGAUAUCGACUGUUUCCAAGAAAGAUUUCAUCAGUGUUCUGAGAGGGAUGGAUGCAAGUACAAGUGAGAAAAGUUCGACUGGAAAGAACUUGAAAGCCAAACAGACUGAAAUGAAAUCAGAAGAGGGCCCUGGAUGGACAAUCUUACGUGAUGAUUUCAUGAUGGGAGCGUCCAUGAAAGACUGGGACAAAGAAAGCGAUGGUGCGGAUAACAGUGAGCCAGGGUCUGGGAGUGACUCGGAUACAUAAGAUUGUAGAGGAAACACAGCAUACAAUCAUUCUAUUUUUCCUAGAAAAAUACCUUGUGCUUUCAAAGGUCUAUGGCUCUGAAGUUAUCAUUUGUAGAAAGCCAAAAGACUUUUACUAUUACCAACUUUGGUGUUUUCUCUUUUCAUGAAAACUUUGUUAAAUUAGGUUUCUCAAACCUUGUAUAAUUUUAAGCAUUGUUUCUCAGACAUUUGUAAAAAGAAGUAUUUCUGCUUAACCAGCGAGAUGCACAUUUUGCCUGGAUCAUUAUAAGUUUACAUAUUGGUCAUGGAUAUUGGUAUUUUGUUUCAGUAUCACCAGUUUCUAGAAGUGCAGUGCUUUUCAUAAUUAAAAUGAACUCCUUGAAGUUAAUAUUUUUCAGCUUUCCAACUUACUGGUCCUAUGUGUUUGUGCUUUUGUGAGGGGAAUUUUUGGUAUUUGUUUUGGUGAGCUAUUGAGAAACCUAUGUAGUGAAAUUUAAAAUGAUAGUAUUUCUGAUUCAGGGUGAUAAUUUCAUUUUUAGAACUCCUGGUAAAUAAGAUUUAAGAAACACACCAAAUCUCUACUUUUCUAUUAUGUCCUUUUAUAUACUAAAACAUAUAUAAGUGUUAGGUUAUUUUUGUAUGAGAAAUUUACUGAGGUAGAAAUUCUCAUGUUUAACUUAUGCAGUGAGGCAUAAUUUCUUAGAAAGCAUAUUUGACAUGUUUUAGGCUCUCCCCUCCCCCAGCUUUUCCCUAAUAUUUGAGUUAGCUUAAAUUCUCUUUUAUGGUUUGACUGGCCAGUGAAGUGAUAGAGUUAGACUGCAGGUAGUCUGCAUCAGAAUACUCCCAUCUGUUUGUAGAUUUGGUUCCUUAUUGUUCCCUUAAAGAUGAUUAAAUUGGGUGACUUAGUAUCUAGAUGUUAAACAAAAAGAAGUAAGACUGUUGAAUAUAAUUCCAAAAUUUCUUUGCGACUAGGUCUAAGAUCUAAAGUUUGUAAAGGAAUUGUUUAAUAAAUGUGAUC